CUUACAGUAAAAAUGAGUGAAAAACAAUGGAUUAAAUAUAUAAAUUGAUGAAGAAAGUUAAACAUGUAUAUGAUUUCAUUUAAAUGUCAUUCUUCAAUGGGUAUGAUGAUUUGAUAAUCUGUGACUCUGAGGAGAGAGUUAUUGAUUGAUAAAAUUUUCAUUAUUUAAUGUACAUUUCACUGUACAUUUUUCCGUAUAGGUUCACUUGAAAAACAUCUCAAUAUAGACUUCGCCUGUCGUCGAUGUCUAUUGCAUUUGUAUUUUGAUGACUAUUAUUCACGUCGAUGAUAGAAUUCGAUUAUUAUUAUUGUUAAAUAAAAUAAAUGAUUGUUUUUUUAUAUACUAAGCUCUCUUUGAAUUGGAAAUGUUCAGAAAAGUGGUUUUACAUAUCCAAUGGAUGCCUUUUUCACCAAUAAUUUUUCCACUGAAACCAAAAUGAAUAACUUUUUGAAGCGUCAGUCAUUUGAAGAAAGCCUCAGUAUAUAAUUAAGUAUAAGUAUGGGAAAACAUCCAACCAAUUAUUUUAUUUAUGGUUGAAAUUCAUAAAUACGAUAAUUUACUAACUAAUUUCAAGAUUUAUUACAUGCGAAGAGAAAAAUUGAUAGGAAAAUAAAAUGAUUGUUCAAUUUGGAAAAUCAUUUUUCCGUAAUUACAAAAAAUUUCCACACCUUGUGCAUUUGGCCAUUUGCCAAAUGUGUAUGCAUCAGCAAAUACGAAUUUUUGAGACACCCGGUAUAUAUAGCUAUUGCUGUACCUGUAAAGCUACACAUGAAAUUGAACGUAGAAACAUUUUAUUCAGGUAACAAGUCAUGUGAAAGAGUCCGUUUGAAGUUAAGAAAAUAUUGCGAAGAAACUACUCUACAUGGAUUCAAGUAUUUGACACAGACUUCAAAGUACCAAUCCGUCUUUUGGUACUUGAUUUGUAUCAAAUGCUUCAUUUUAUGUGUUCUAUUUAUCUACUUUCAAAUGAUUCGAUACCGUGACAACAGAGUAACAACAACAGUGAAGACAACCAAUUUUCCAGUAUGGAAAGUUCCUUUUCCUGCCAUUACCAUUUGCAAUUCCAAUUUAGUCUACAAGAGUCACACUGGAGAAAUCAUCGAAUUACUGCAAAAAUUCAAUAUUCCUGACAAUGUCAUUGAAGAAUAUUUCCAGAACUUAUCAAACACUAUCCUGAAUGAUGAAAUAUCAAGAACCACUUUGAACCUGGAAAAGUCAAUUCGGAUUACUCGUAUUCUAGAAAGAGAAGGAUACAACACGAACAAGCUAAUGGAUAGGUUGGCGCAGCCGUGCAGUUCAAUGUUGAGGAAGUGUGAAUGGAGAGCCACUGAAGUGGAUUGUCACAAAUUGUUCAAGAAAACCAAAACUACGGGAGGUUUUUGCUGUUCCUAUAAUUACCAAGGAGCUAAAAAUACGAAUCCCGCAGAAGAAAAUCAGAUAUUUUCCGGAGGCUUCGGUAGCUCAUAUGGACUAAAAGUAUACCUGGACGUGGAAGAAUCGGAAUAUUUAUCGAGAAGAGAAAAUUCAGGUUUUCGGGUGCUGGUUCAAAAUCCUUACGAUUAUCCUGACGUAUUUCUCUACGGAUCAUAUGUAGACGUGGAAAGUAAGAUAUCAAUUUCUCUAAGGCCCUUGAUUCUAUCAAGUGCAGAGGAACUGAGGAAUAUUAACGUGAAAAGUCGUGGAUGUUUAUUCAGCAACGAGAAGGAAAUACCUUGGUCCAAGUACUAUACUGUUGAAACUUGUCUUAAAAACUGCAAACUUCAAGUGAUAUGGAAUAUGUGUGAAUGUAUUCCUUUUUAUUAUCCUGUGUCGGACAAACGAUUUUGCACUAUUAUGGAUUCAUCAUGUGUCAUAAAAGCUGAGAAAAAGUUUGUCAAUAUGAGAAUUGACAGUGACGAUGAAGAUAGACUUAGAGGAAUAUUCGUUUGUAACUGUCCUUCAUUAUGCAACGAGAUCACGUAUACCACCACAGUUCAGAUGGAACACAUGUCAUUUUCAGAUAUCGCCGAAACAGACAACGACAAUUUGACCGUGGUUUCUGUCCACUUCGGAUCAUCCGGAAUUAUUGAGUUCAGAAGAAAUGAAUUCAUAACAUGGGAUACCCUUCUAGCUUCAAUCGGAGGGAUAAUAGGCCUAUUUUUGGGAGGAUCAAUAAUGAGCAUCAUUGAGUUGGGUUUCCAUUUGGUGUCUUGGAUUUGGGACUGUAAGGUGCCUUCGAAAAGUAUAUCAAAGAGAAAUUGUAAAGUGCCUUUCAAAAAUAUUCCCAGCAGAAACAAGAUCAAUGAAUUCGGAACUUUCUACAUAUCUGAACUCUACCCAAAAGGUUGGUAUCCUCCAAUAAUUUUAUUUGGUCCUCAUCAGCACGGGCUAGAUACAAACAUUAUUGCUAGGAAUUUCUAUUAUAUUCAAUCAUCACCAAAUUUCUGUAAAGUUUUGAUUGGAAUGAAUUUUGCAAUAUCAUUGACUUUAAUUGAUUGAAAAAAAAACAUUCUACCAGAUGAUCAAACUGCACCCUCAUCGAUUUAUAUAACUCAAUGAUGCAAAAAAACAAAAAAAACUUCGGAAUCACUGAAAAAUGCAAAGUUAUUAACAAUGAUGAGACAGGCUUAAAGAAUAUUUCAUUUCAGGGUGGAAAAAACUUGACAACUUUCAGAAUCUCAAUUAAUGAAAGUAAAGGCAAUAUUCCUAAUUCUGUUUCCACCCUCAGACCAUAUUUUGUGUCAGAAUAAUCAUGACUGUGGUCAUAAAUGUGAUAUUCAAAAUUGUGAAAUUAAUAUUUUGGAGUUGAAUUAAGGGUGAAGUUUUGGAAACAACACAAAACAGACAAUAUGAGUAAAAAUAUGUCAACAUUAUCAAAACUAAUUACAUAACUCACACAGCUGGUUGUUUUGUUUUCAGAAUAAAUUCCUCACAAGUUUCUCAAUACACUGACAGAGAUAUAACUGCAUAUCAGUAUUCAUUUCAGGGUUCACCAGGAAUUGAGCAUCUACGGAAAUAUAUUUGCACAAAAAACACAACGUAGAAGAUGAUUGGCGAAUCAUGAAGUGUUUGUCAUAUUUGUUAGGAUUAGAAACAGUUUCGUAUAAAA